AUGAGCGAGCGUGACGUGAACCCGAAGACUGCGGUAUCCUCGGCUGCCUGUCCUGCUGUGCGCACCUCGCGGGAAUUGGAGGAACAGGAAAGGGAACAGCUUCGGAAGGCACUCUACUCUGAUCUACUGGACUACGAGACUACAGCCUUGAAGGAGGAGCUAACGGCGGAGGACACGAUACGCCAGGCGAGGGAGGCACGCGAAGAGUUUACUCGGGCGACGAUGCGUCCAAUGAAUGAGAAACUAGAGGAGUUUCGUGGUCUCGUGCGUAUUUUGUCUAGGGCGGAGCACAAACAUGUGUCUCAGGUGUUUAUUAUCACAACGGCAGCCAUGUUUACAGUUCCUAUCCUUGUGCUGCUCUUUGGUAUGCACUUCGUGGCGCCGUAUCUGGACGUUGAUUCAGGUGUCUGUGGUGGGUUUUUGGCAUUAGGCUCCACCAUCGCUAUCAUGACAACGUACGUCACGUACGCCUUUUGGGAACCUGACCCGGUUCCAACUGCGGCGGGACCGAGCGAUGGGGACAAGAAGCGGCAGUAG